AAACAAUAAUUAAAAAUAGAAAAUGUUACGUAGAAAUCAAAAUCAUGAAAAGUGCAGUACGAAAUGUAUAUAGCAAAGCGAUUGAUCGCAAACUGAACUGGGAAAAACUUACAAAAGCCAAUGUGGAACCGAUCAAUGGAGUGUGAACCCUUAAAAAAAAGGCGACCGUAGACUAAAAAUAACAAACGCCAAGAACUUGGCAACAAGUGAAAUACAAACACAAAGCGAUCAAACAGUUCGAUCCCUGCGUUGGUCGAAACAGUCAAGAACCAAAAAUAAAAUCGAGGCAGGCAACAUUUGUUGCAGCAACAUUGGAUGAGCACUUUUGCCGUUCGAUGUUGUUGCUUUUGCUUGCAUUCAUCAUGCGAUUCGUAGACAUUUCCAAAGAGCAGAGGCGCCAACGCUGCACGGCCUGUGCCAACGCUGGUGUUGAGUGCCCCCUCAACAACAACAACAACAACAACAACAACUCUAACGCUGAUGCCAACGGCAACACGAGCUGCUGGCAACAUGUUGCUGCCACAAGCAACAGCAGCAGCACGAGCAGCGGCUGCGACAGCAACAGCUCCUCCAAGGAGAACUACUAUGCCCCACAGCAGCAGCAGCAGCAGCAACAACACAACAGCAACAACGGGCUGACCCCCCGGCAAUUGCAGCAGAUUCGUUACUACCAAUGCAUGCAGCAGCAACAAUUGCGCUUGCUGCAACAUCAGUUGAUGCAGCAGCGCCGCCUUCAGCAGCAGCUGCGUGAACACGGCUUAAUGCCGCCAACAACAAAAACAACAACAACGGAUUCUGGACUCACCUGUAAUCAAGAGUAUUUGAUGCAACAGCGAAUGCAGCGGCAACAUCAUCAAAACAACAACAACAACAACAACUUGAGGAACUAUUUGAACAACAACAAUGACAACAAAAGCCAUAACAUAAAUAAUCAAUAUAACAAUAACAAUGGCAUCAAUGUGCCGCAAGGACUACAAUUUCGACGUGGCAUGACCGACAUCUCAACAAUAAACGACAACAACAAUAUCAGCAACAUUAACCGCCAUAUCGAACAUCAAUUCUCAUCACAAAACAAAUCGCCACAAAGCGAACCAUAUACCAAAACUAACCUCAAAGCGCAUCCACAUCCAAACUCACAAUUCGCAAAACAGCAGCAGCAGCAUCAGAAAUCGUUGACUGAGUGUGGUAAGCAAUAUAUAGGCAAGACGGCCGGAUACAGCACAGCUUUGGCCAGCGUCAGCGGCCUAGGGUCGGCCCCACAAUCCCCGCAGCACUACAGAAUCCCCUUGAACAGCCCCAAUAGCUCGCUGUUCGCCCUUGGGCAUGUGACGUCAAACGGCAAGCGAUAUAAGCAGCAACAACUUAACGACCGGCUGCUGCAGCAACAACAUUUGCACUUUUGCCAGCAGCAACAACUACAACAGCUACAACAUCUACAUGAUGUGGGCUGCCCCACGGAUGCUGCCGAAGAACUGAGCGAAGAGAGCCUCAAGCAGAAUGUGGCCAUUGUCCUGAGCAAUUUGGAUCGCUAUAAUAGCGCGCUGCGCAGCAUCAUAUUGAAUGAACAGGUGAGCAACAACAUCAGCGCCAGCGACAGCCUCUUCCUCUGCGACGAUCCCAGCGCUGAGGCUGAUAACAACAACUUUUUGAUAAGCAACGGACGAGAGGGAAACGCAAUGGCAUCAACUAAUAUAGCUACGCCCGAGUCGGAUUACAACAGCAAUGCGACAACACCUGGCGCCCAGCAGCAGCAGCAGCAACAACAUGGGGUAGGUGGUUUGCUAUGUGGUGGUGGUGUUGGUAUUGGUGGUGUUGGUGGUAUUGGUGUUGGUGGUGGCAACAAUCUCAACUGCUCGCUGGCCUCGUCGCAAGACUUUACUCACGACAAUUCCGAUUAUCAGUGGUUCCUUGACUAUGGCUAUCGGGAUGGCUGCGGCGGAAUGCAGCGCAGCGUGCUGAGCUCGCUAUCGGCAUCUUAUAAUGCGAUGGGCGAUUUGAUUUACUACGAGGAUCUGAAGAAUUUGGACGCCAAUCUGGCUGAGGUAGACAUGGAGAGUUUCAGGGCCGAGGACAUACACUCCUUGCUGUCGCAGUUGCCAGCCUACUGCAAAAGCCUUGGCGGCGCCAAUAGUCGCUUGCAACAGUCGCUACUCUACCAGCAACAACAGCAGCAACAACAGCAGCAGCAGCAACAGAUGCAGCUGCAGCUGCAGCAGAGUAAUAUGAUGACCAAUAUGCAACAUAUGGCACACAACAUGUCGCAGACGUCGACAACAUCGACCAACGAGCUCAUCGACAACUCAUUUUGCAAAUCCGAGCUGCUUUUCUCGCCGGUCAAGGAGUCGCACAUUUCUGUCGACUCGCUGGACAUGGAUGCCUAUCCGGAUGACGGUGAUAUCAUACUAACCUGCAACAAGGACAACUACACGAUUGCCUUUGAGGGCAGCGUCCUCUAUUCGGACGAGAGUUUCUAUGCGGAGCCCUGUGACAUUGCCGUGAGGAAUAAACAAAACUGCAUCAACUUGCACAGCAACUUGGAGGAUAUUGUGAAGCGCAACAAGGCCCUGGAGGUAUCCAUGUCGCGCUCCGCCCAAUCUUUUCAGUUCCAAUGCAAGUCACCAAAGACACAGACAAAGGCUCAACUACAGCGACGCUCGCUUCUCCCUCUUUCGCCCGCUCGCAGGUAUCCGUCGGGAAACAAUAACAACGGCGGCGGCGGGGAAACCAUCGUCCUUACACGCCAUUUGCCGCACUGCAGCGUACGCAAGAGCAACAGCCUACCAAACCUACAGAGCGAACUGUCGCUGCAGCAGCAGCACCAGGAUGAUGAACGGGAGAAGGAUCAUGCGGCACCAUUGAAUGUUUCACAGGCGAUCAGUACUUCAACUAUGGAAUCGUGCACGUCGCGUUCGCGCAACCUGCUUCCCAUGUGCCAGAUGCCGAUCUCAAUCAGUGUUUCAAUAUCGGAUCGCUUGCAGCAGCAGCAGCAGCCGGAAGAUCAGCACAAAGAUGCCAUGCCAACGCCGCAGCAGCAGCAUCACCAUCAUCAUUCGCAUCGCCACAAGCAGCGCUGCGGCUGCGCGCUGUCCUCCACCCAAGGGAGCCAGCACUUUUGCUCGAAUGCCUCCCAAGCACACAUCUCUGGCUCAGCCUCGUCGGGUAACUCAAAUCCAGCCGCAUUCAAUCUAGUCAAGCUCUUCAUCAAGCAAAAGAGUAGCAGCAGCAGCAGCAGCUGCGCGCCGGCGGAGGAGGGCCAGGCCUGCGCGCUUACCUGUAUGGACGUCUCCUCCGGCUGCUGGCCCUCAAGCGAUGCCGCCGUCUCCAGUUGUAGCAGUGGCUCGUUGGAGAAACGUUUGCGCAAGAAGAGCAUGAAUGACUCUGGCAAGGGCUCGGCCGUAAGUCGUCAUGACGACGACGACGAGAACUACGAGGAGGCGGAAGCGGCUUCGACGCCCAAGAGACAGACGCGCACUCGCUGCGAUACCGUAUUCUAUGACGACGGCGCUAGCUCCAGCUCAACGGGAUCACUAACGGCCACAAACUCGCCGGCGCACCGCCGCCGCAGCAUGCCGCUGCGAAAUCCCCAGCUGUACCAGCUGGCCGCAAACACGCAGACGCCAACACAAUGCAGUCAGCAGUCGUCGGAGGCAAGCAAUUCGGAGCAGCUGACUCAGGUGCCAAUGGGGGCCAAAGCGCGACGUGCAAAUAGUACUCGCCCACUGUCGAGCGCCUCCAGUUCGGAGAUGAUAACACGCUCGAUACAAACAUCUUGUGGCUCCUUGAGCACAACGCACAGCAGCCUGAGUGAACGCUACAGAUGUGUGCCGCCAUCAUUUCUGGCCAAGCUGCACAAUCUGGGCGAGCAGCGGCAGGCGCCAAUUUACGUGAUCUAUCCGAAUUAUGCGCUGCCCGAUCUGGGUUUCGUCAAGACCAGCACCAGCCCUGAUGUCAUCUUCUCGCCCUUCAACUACAAGAUGACGCUGGAUAGCGCCGGGUCCGGCACCGGCACCGGCACCGCCUCCACGGCCUCCCUGAAAAAGCAGCGCAGCAAUCGAAGUGUUAACGAAAACGAGCUGUUCAAGACAUUGGAUUACAAACACAUCUCUGACUGGCAUUCGCUGGCCAUACUGCUGCCCGUGGAGUACCGUCGGCGGCUGCAACACAUUCCUGAGGUACGCCAGAUUUCGAGUCAAUUGGAUACGGAACUAUUGCAGCGGCCGCUUUUCUGCAUGUCGCCGCCCAUUCGACGCAAUCGGCCAAAUGUCUGCGACUGCGCAAAGAACUUGCAGCAGCAGCAGAAUCAAGCCCAGACUCAGUUGGAUGAGGCGUCCAGUUCGGGCUCUAGUCAGCCGCCUAGCUCUGGCUACCGCGGCUCCUCCACGCUGCUCACCGACUCUGAGGUCGACGCUGAUCCUCUCAAACAGAUGUACGUCUAUCAGUAUGAGCAGCAGCGCAUGGACUCCGGCAUGGAGACGAGCCCAGCCAGUCGAAAUUUAUUGGCGACUGGCCAAACACCGCCGCAGCCCAUGCCUCGCAGCAUCUUGCGCAAGGCCAAUUCAGUGCAAGCGCGCACAAAACGCAACUCCAUGAUUGAAGCCAAGCAGCCGCCGCAGCAGCUGUCGAAGCUGGAGAAGCGACGUAGCUUGCAGGAGCCGCCGCAUAACUACGCCCUGGGUUCAACAGACGAGCUGGCCAAAGUCUUCGAGGAGGAAGAGCAGACGGUGCCAACGCAGACCAGCAAGCAGCGGCUUUCCCGAAAGGAUCUGGAUGCUCGCGCCCGUGCUGAAAAUUUUCUUACCUCGCUUCCACGCUCCGAGCUCAAGUACUAUGCAGAGAUUGCGUCUAUUUUAGAGUCUUCCUGUGAGCAAGUGCAGUACGAUGCAGCGGCACUCAAGAAGGAGGUCAGCCGUGUGCUCAGCCAACAAAAGAAGGUCAAGUUUAACGAUGUUGCCGCCGCAGCGGCCGAAGCUGAUUUGCAAAAAAAGCUGCAAGCGAAACGCUUCUCAACGCCACCCAACUCACCCAACAUUUCCAUUGGCGCGCUGCAGCGACGUGAAACUCUCGAUGUCCAGGAGCAGCGCAAAAUUGAGAGUAAUCGCUUUAAGCGACUCCAGAUCCAAUGGGAACUCAUGAGCAAAGAGUCAAGCAUGCUCAAGGAACUGGCCAACGAGCAGGCCACCAAGAGCGGCGGAUCAACGCCCACCUCGACGAAUUCGGCCAACUCCAGCAACUCGGCGCCGAAGUCGCGUAUACCGCGACCAGUCAGCUACCCUGCGGGCAGAAGUCCGAAGCCAAGUGCCAGCGAUCCUUGUCCCGCUCGUGCCACGCCCAAGGCUGUCACUAAAAGCAAAAAUACCCCUCCUAAUGUUUCCUCUCCACAAAUCUGCAGAGUCAGCAGCGCACACGACGCAGCUAGCAGCGGCAAGUGCAGUACUCGAUCCCCCAGCCGCAUCGUCCAACCCAAACGAUAUAGCCUGGCCACCACGCCCACGUCGACGACGACCGACAAAACCACGGCCGGCCGCGCACGCACUCCGACAAACCGAGCGGGAUCAGCUGUGACCACUCCAAAUACUCCCAAACGGCAGAGUAGCGCCCAAUCGUCCAGACCGACAUCACGAGUGCGUUAGGAAUCGGCGCGAUAUAAACCCAACUGACGUUGGUCAGCAAGCGUAUAAUGCGAUUAAAAAUAUCCAAACUCAAACAUAUUAACAAAGAAGAACAAUGAAACAUUGUAAAAAUAUAGAUUAAGGCUUUGCGUGGCUCUUUUGCUUAGAUGCUGGCCCUGACCACACAAAAGUGAUACGAAAAGCAUUCAAAGUGAGAUCAAUUGGGAAACCAUUGAAAAACGUGAAAGAUUAGAGAAAGAAUUAAACAGGCCAGUGGUCGGUCGCAGUGCUAGUAUUUUUGAUUGAUAUAAUUUUACGCGGAGGGUAGCUAAAUUUCUUUUUUACAAUUAUACAAACAUAAAUGCCAAUACGCGUUUGCAAAUGAAACAAAUAUUUUGAUGUAUAUAUACACUCACAGAAAACGACACAUACUUAAAAGUUAUUUCCAUUAGCUAAUCAAAGAUAUCGCCACAUGUGCAUAUGGCAAAAUAUUUACGACCCACAAAUUUAUACUAUGUACGUACAU